AUAGUAGUGAGAGGUUAUGAAGCUGUGGCUGUGGGUAGCCGUAGGGGUGUGGAUGUCGGUGGCUGAGCUGGGGACCAUAGAAACAGCCCCCAGAAGAGAUGGAACCCGGCCCUCGGUUUCAGGAGCCAGACCCCAGCCAGUUGUAAACAGGCCUUUCUUUGAUUAUCCAGACUCAGACCGAGCUAGCCUUCUUGCUGUGGCCCGGUUUAUUGGAGAGAAGCCUAUAAUGUUCGUUAAGACAGAUUCCAGUCCUGGGCUCUUCCAGAACAUCCUGGUGGGAACAUUAGUGGUGGCCUUCUUCUUCCUGCUUUUCCAGUUCUGCUUGCAUGUGAACUUCCAGAAAGGGGCCUAAGAGAGAUCCAGCCAGAGCCAGCUGAGGUGAGCAGGUGAGCCAGAGACAGAGCCCUGGACCCAGCUGUGAGCCACACACAUCUACCCUGCCUUCUGUUGAGAAAUAAAGGUGGUGCCUCCUUC